AUGGAGAAGUUCCAAAGAUCCUUUGAGUCUAACACUACAAAGGCUAACGAAGUCAUUUAUAGCCUGGGAUCCACCCUUAAAACUGAGAAGGUGAAACUUCAGGAGGUUCGCACUGGUCUUACAACUAACCAUGCUCAGUUCAAUUACUGCAUCUCCUCGCAAAUAUCUAAGCUUCAAGAUAAUAUCGCAAUGGAGAGAAAAAUAAUGGAUGCUCUUGCUGUCAAGACUGAAAAGGAAGACCCCAAAGGCAAGAAGGAAGCCAAUCACUUUGUCAAAAGUGAAUCUGAGCCUAAAGGCAAAGAAAAACUUUUCACUGAAGAACCUAUGGUUGACAACAACAAAGACGAAGAGCUUGAUGAAUACGAGCUUAAAAGGAGAUAA